GCUGGCUGGUCGAGGCCACAGAUGUGCAUUUGAGAUACAGCGUGAUAUCUGGAGAGCUGCUCUUAUGAAUUUGGAUUGUACCCUUUCCAGAGAGGUGAAACACGAGCCUGCGGGAUGAGGUACAAACAGAAUCCCAUAAAGAAGCUGAGCCUGAAAGAGCUUCAGUGAGGUUUUCCCAUUUUGUGAACAAUUUUGUAUAAAAGAACAUUUUUGAAGCAGUUCUAUAUGUCUACUCUCCAUGAUGACUUAUAUGAGAAUGCUACGGCGCUUCAUAAUGAAACAGUUUUCCCAGAAGAAACUUUGGAAGUUUACAUUCGUUAUUUUUGUCUUCUUAAUAAUUUUGGUUUUGUUACAACGAGAAGUAGGUGUCCAAGAAUUUAAUGAGGAACCUGGAGUGCCAUCUCAUGAUGAAAAGAAAACUGUAUUAGAUCUAGUGUUAAAUGCUGUGAACAACAUUAAAGCUGCAAAACCAAAAAUGCAAAUUAAAGCACCUCUUAGGCAGACUCAUAAUGCUGAACAGAAGCAUUGUUUACCAGGAUAUUACACAGCUGCUGAAUUGACUCCUUACCUUGACCGUCCCCCUCAGGACCCUAAUACUCCAGGGGCUUCUGGUAAAGCAUUCAAAAUCAUCAAUUUAAGCCCAGAUGAACGGAAAGAGAAAGAGCAUGGUGAAGAAAAGCAUUGUUUUAAUGCAUUUGCCAGUGAUAGGAUUUCUUUACAUCGAGAUCUAGGACCAGACACACGACCUCCUGAAUGUAUUGAACAGAAAUUUAAGCGCUGUCCUCCACUGCCUACUACAAGUGUUAUCAUAGUGUUUCACAAUGAAGCAUGGUCAACUCUUCUGAGAACAGUUUAUAGUGUGAUGUAUACUUCCCCUGCAAUAUUACUGAAGGAAAUACUUUUGGUAGAUGAUGCCAGUGUGGACGACUACUUGCAGGAUAAACUAGAUGAGUAUGUGAAACAAUUCCAAAUAGUUAAAGUUGUCCGACAAAAGGAAAGAAAGGGGCUUAUCACUGCUCGGUUGUUAGGUGCUUCAGUAGCUACCGGAGAAACCCUGACUUUUUUGGAUGCACACUGUGAGUGUUUUUAUGGAUGGCUAGAACCUUUACUAGCCAGAAUAGCUGAAAAUGAUACUUGUGUUGUAAGCCCUGAUAUUUCUUCUAUUGACCUCAAUACUUUUGAGUUUAAUAAACCUUCUCCUUAUGGUCAAAACCACAACAGAGGAAAUUUUGACUGGAGUUUAUCCUUUGGCUGGGAAUCUCUUCCUGAACAUGAAAACAAAAGAAGGAAAGAUGAAACCUAUCCUAUUAAAUAUCAAAAGCCCCCAUUUUUAACCCCAGGAAAACUCUUUUCUGUUUCUGAUUUUGAAAUGUAUUACAGUAUAAGUUCAGACAGCAGUCAAGUCAUUUUCAUAAAUGUGUGGCAGUGUGGGGGGCAGUUGGAAAUUAUACCUUGCUCAGUUGUGGGUCACGUGUUUCGCAGCAAGAGCCCCCAUACUUUCCCAAAAGGGACUCAAGUGAUUACCCGGAAUCAAGUUCGCCUUGCAGAAGUAUGGAUGGAUGAAUAUAAAUAUAUAUUUUAUCGGAGAAACACAGAAGCAACAAAAAUUGUUAAACAAAAAUCAUUUGGCAAUCUCUCAAAAAGACAUGAGUUAAAACAGCAAUUACAGUGUAAAAAUUUUACCUGGUACCUAAGCAAUGUUUUCCCUGAAGCAUAUGUACCAGAUUUGAAUCCUACGUUACAUGGAUUUCUAAAGAACAUUGGAAGAAGAGAUUGUUUGGAUGUUGGAGAAAAUAAUUUAGGCGGAAAGCCGCUGAUUAUGUACAGUUGUCAUGGACUUGGAGGAAACCAGUAUUUUGAGUACACUGCACACCAUGAAAUUAGACACAAUAUUCAGAAGGAGCUAUGCCUACAUAGUUCUCCAGGAGUAGUACAACUUCAUGAGUGCGGUUUCAAAGGGAAGAACAGCAGGACCCCCGAAGAAGAGAAAUGGGAGCUUCGAAAGGACCAGUUGUUGUACAAUGCAGCAUUCAAUAUGUGCCUUACGGGAAACAGAGAACAUCCAAGUAUGGUAUCAUGUAAUCCCUCAGACUUAUUUCAGAAAUGGAUUUUUGCCCAUAACAACUAGGUGCUCCUAGUGCUAAUGAAACCAACAAAUUAGAAUUACAGUAGUUCUUCCAAGACUUAACCAAUUUAACGUAUGUUGAAUCAACUGAAUUAUAAAAUGUUUCUAAGGGUUUUUUUCCCCACUGGCAUAAAUCUGAAGAACAUGUUAGUUUCUUAACUGUUAAAUAUGUUUACAGAAUACUGGAAAUUGCAUUUUCAGUAUACAUUUUAAUGAAAUGUCUGUCUUCAAGAUGUAAUUUCUUAUGUUUUGACGAUCAAUGUGUCUGUCAUAUAUUUUUACAUGGCAAAAGCCACACCGAUCCUUUUUGUUAGUAACUAAACAUAAUUGUCAAUGAAGGUUAAAAUAUUUUUAUGUAGUAGUUAGUAAAGAGUGCCUGAUAGAAGUUGUUUAUAAUUUUAAACUGUGAUUAUUUCCUUUUACUUUUCCUGUUCACUGCUUUAACUAUUUAGCAUGUCUAUAAUCUACAAUCCAUGAUAUACUGUAUUUGUUUAAAACAUCACUUCUGAAAGGAUUAAGUUAUUUUUCGAGUGUGAGAAUGAAACAAGUUCUGAACUUCUCUGUUGCCAUUUCACUGUGUCUUUGUUCACUAUGUUUGUAAGGGUUAAUUUCAUCUCUUUAAGAUUCUCAAACCGAUUAUAAAAGGCUUGCAUUGCUGAAAAAAAGUGUCUGACAUAUCUUUUGAAAUUAUACACUACCAGUUUGAUAAUUAUAUUGAAAUAUAUUCUUUUUGUAUUAUGUACAAAUUAGGUUUCUGUAUUUGUAGUUUCUAUUCCUACCUCUUUAAUUCUCUUGUCAUAUACUGAAUCAAAUACUAACUUUAUAUGAUAAAGGGCUAAUAUAAGUCAAAUAGUUUCUUUCAUCAGAAGAAUGGAGCACUUUUUAUCUUAUUUUAUCUUAUUUGAGCCGCACAAUAUACAGUUAUUUCAACAUGCAGGAAAUUGUAGCUAAAUUAUAGCUAACAUAUACAGCUGCUCAAUUGUUCUGCUAUGUUGUUAGAGGCAAAUUGCUGAGAAAAGGUAUCAUUCAAAUGAGUUAUACCAAAAUUAAAAAAACACUUGUUUGUGAAUAUCAAAAGUGUACUGAAAAAAGGAUAAACUUUAAGUUUGCCCCUAUCCCAAUUAUAAAAGUGGGAAUGUUCCUUAAGAAAUGUUUUUCCCAAGAAAUGCAGCUUUGUCUGCCAUUCUUAUUGUCCUAAUAGUUGUUUAGGAUGAGUCACAGAUGCUCACUAUGGACAUAAAAUUACCUGUAAUCAGAUUCAUAGUUGGUCAUUGCCAGCCUUGUGUUUGUGUGCAAGCAAAUAAUGUGUUUAUAUCUCAGCCAAAACACUGUUAUAUUUGCAGUUUAAUUUUUUUAAAAAAAGUAACUAUAUUUUUAAAUAGAUAGAUACGUGUAUAUUUCAACAAAAAGUGGCUAUUACAACUCUACAAGUACAGUAAAGAAAUUUACUGUUGAGAUGUAGUUUGCAGAAAUAAAUUUUACAGUUUGCCAGAUGUGUAAAUGAGAGGACUAUUUUUAUUUAAAAGUGUGUUUUAUGGUUUUCUAUUUAUAUACUGUAACUUUCCUUCUUCUUUGUUGCAGUGUUUAAGUCAGAAAGUUAACUACUACUUUCUCUUCUUCCACAUUUGAAAUUCUAGAUUUUUUUCAACCAAAACCAUAAACUGAGGCUAUCCUUAGCCUUCAUAGUAUUUCAUUGUGGCGUUUUUAAUCACAAGAACCAGCAUAGGCUUAUUCUUUCGCUCCUGCCUUCUGAGUGGUCUUGUAUCUGUCUAAAAGUGAAUUUAGUUCCAGGUUAGGGUGUUAAUUCUUUUUUUUUGUUUUUUGUUUUGUAUUCCUAACAAUUUUCACUUCUGUGUAAUAUAUUGUGCUUCUGUAGUUCUGUUUUA